UACAAGCACAAAGAAACGCCCAUCUGCGCUGAGGAAAGCCGUGGACUCGGUCCGCGCUGCUGAAUGGGCGGCUGGUUUCCCGGUGAAUCCCCGUAAAGCCUGAGCGGUCAGCCGGCGAGCGGCCACUCUGCCCCGGGUACAAUGAGGUGCGUCGUGCCGGGCUGCAGUAACUCGAGCGUGUCCGCGCGUCUCCACGCGUUUCCUCUGGGCGACCGCGCGCUGUGUCGCACUUGGCUGCGCUCCGUCCAGCACCCCGAGUUAGGAGCCGACACGGACCCGGCGGUGGUCACUCAGCAGCGGCUGAGGGUCUGCAGCGACCACUUCGUAGCCGCGGACUACAAGGGCAACUGCCUGAAGGAGGGCGCCGUGCCCUCCGUGUUCCCGUGGACGGGGAUCCGAGUGGAGAUGCUGUCCCAGCCGCUGGAGGAGGAGAUGUCUGACAGAGAAGACUUUCCGGUGGCAACCUGCUCCCAGAUGAAAGACGAUCCAACUCUGAAAGCGUUCAAGAUCAGCCAGGCACCUGAAGUGUCCGGUAUACUAAAGAGUGAUGAGGUGUUGGUGAACACACAGUGUUUGCUGGAGCUCUUCAAGUGUUGCUCUGUUUGCCUGGUCGAGUGCUGUGUCACCAUUGAGGGCAACGAGAGGCUGUUUUCAGUCACCCAGGAUUGCCAGAGCUGCGGCCACCACAGAAAAUGGAGAAGCCAUCCUAACUCUGCUGAUGAACCUGCGGAGGAUUUCAGUGAGGAGCAUGAAGAUCAUGAGGAAACCAUCCAUAAAGAGCACAAAGACCAUGAGAAACCCUUCCGUCGAGGAUACAAAGACCAUAAGGAGUCCUUGCAUGAAGAACACAAGGAUGAGGAUGCAGUUUCACAUCCAGAGGUACAAAGUACACCCGAGCCUGAGGAGAAGGAUAGCGAGACCGCGGUAAUGGUGCCCCACCGCAUGAAGACCAAAGAGGUGUCGAUGGAAAUAAAACAGAUCAUAGUGAGCAUGAGAAAUGAGAAGAAGUCGAUCAGAGAAAUAGGCAAAACGUUAGGCUUGUCCAAAUCAACUGUCGGGUACAUCCUUAAGAAGAAAGCCAGCACUGGAGACGUGAGUAACAGGAAACGACCCGGAAGGCCGAGGAAGGCGACCGAGGAGGUUGACCAAAUAAUCCUUUCCAUUAUGACGAAAAAUCCUCGAACCCCAGUCCAGCAGAUCAAGAACACUCUGAAGGAGGUAGGCAGGGAAAUAUCAUUGACCACGAUACGCAGAAAGCUGCAUUCGCUGAACCACACGAUAGAAACGGCUUUCCUUCACAACUUGAAAAUGGCAAAGUAGCUUGUCUCACUUUCCUUCAAGUAUCUGAAUAAAGUAUUUUGGUAAACGCACUUAUUUUAUGUUGAAGAUCCUCUUGUCUUUUGCUGAUUGCAUGGGACAAGUUUCUGUCUGACAAAUGGGUGAAAUUCAACAUGUUAUGAUGGGUGACAAAGCAAUCUGUAGUUAGUUUCUAGUUAGUGAAGCUUGAGAAAUAUUACAUAAAGCUUUCAGAGGACAUGAACACUAAUGACUCGUGGGAAGCUGAGGCCUUUUCUGGAUGUCCUGGAGAACCAUGUGGAGCUGUUAUAUCUGCAGAGAUCGUGGUUCAGCUCAAUGAAACAAAUAAUCCAUGGACAAAUCCCUUUUUCCUCCCAAUUCUUCCACCUGUGCAUCAGGAGAUUUCCCUUAAUGCAUCGGGUACACAGGGAGGUUCUCAGACCACAAAAUGGAACAUAUUGGAGCUGAAGAGUUCCUGCUGUGAACUGCAGGAUGCCACGGACAUGGGCCUGUUGGAGAUUCAAGGCUAAAUAAAUAAACUAGUCACUCAACCUCAAGAUUUGCCAAGUCCUUUGUAUCCUACCUUCACACCCAACACAAUGGCCUUGCCAUGCAUUAAAUAAAGGGUUCAAACAAAGAG